AUGGCGCACCGGCGGCUGCCGGGGCCUGGCGCGCCGCAGAGUCGCUGCAGCGCAUGCCGAGCGGGACGCGAGCCUCAUCUGUCAGUCGCGUUUGGAAACUUCCGCAUUUCCACCUUCUGCGUUGAAAUCACCCCCGGGGGAGGGCCCAACCUCAAAGCUGAGGCGGCUGGCCCUGUCACCCUGCGCCUGGCCUGGCACGCAGGGAGAGGCGCGCGAGGAGGGUGUGGACCCACCGCGGAACUGCCCUCCGGAUGCCCAGACCGCCGGCGCGCUCUUCCCGGGGCCCUGACCUCAAGCAGAAAGGAGCGCGGGCGGAUGACCCGGCGACCACUGAGCGAAGCCGGAAACUCCAUCUGCCCGAAGCUGCGAGGCUGCCAGGGCCUACGGGCAAGAGCUGGGAACACGCGCCUUCCGCCCGCCCCGCGUAGUUGGCGAGGUCGGGAAAUCAACCCUGGAAUUCUUUGCGCUAGGCCUUAUUAAGUGUUCACACCAGCCCCGGGAAAAGGCAUAUUAAAAAAGAAAAAUAAAGAGUCGGUGGAAACUUAAGGACACAAACCAAAUUUUGCAAAUCAUAUGUCUGUCAUCCUUAAUAGUGUGUCUUAAAUAAAUGCAAUGAAUUCAUGCAAGGAAUAAACUCUUUUUUAAAUUUUAAACCUGCAGAUAAAUGCUUUUCUCUGGGGAAACAGUGCACAGAGAUUUUCUGUGAUUCAAGAAUAUGCUGCAGCCCUGUUUAUUUUCAGCUUCAGACAGAGAAGUGUACUAAGACGUCCAGCCCCAGACUCAAAAAAGAAAAGUCCCAGUGCUCACUGGAGUCGAAAAGUCCGUGUUUACUGACUCGCCCUAAGAUUUACUAUACUAAAGCCCUCUGUAUGAAAUGCCUAUUUGUCAAUUGACCCUUAAAAAAAUACCAUAGCGAAAUAUGUUUUGUUCAAAGCUGCACUAUUGUUCAAUAUGGUAGCCAUUAGCCACAUGAGGCUGUUGACCACUUGAAGUGAUGGUUAGUCUGAAGUGAGAUGUGCUGGGUGUGUAAAAUACACACUAAUUUUGAGGACAGUACAGAAAAAAA